AUGUCCGAUAUCCACUCUGAAAUCAAAGGUUUGCGGAAAGAUAUCAGGAGACAUCUAGAAGGCAGUACUUCCAACUCAACACCUAACUGGCGAACUUUAGUGUCCACGGUGAAGGACGACCGGGCAAAAAAUCAAACCCUAGUAGCGCACAAGGCAUUCUUCAACGAAUCUGCUUCUAUUUUAGAGAAUCCACUGGGCCAGCCUUUAGAGUACCGUGUCUGUGAAGGUUGUGGUAAACCAGUGAAUUUAGGAGCGAUCGUAGAUCACUUACAGGUGCAUUGCAAGGGACUGCCACAACAGCAGGACCGAGACUUGCCACAGGUAAUCAAAGCCGAAGAUUCUGAACUUGUUGAGGAUAUGUCUGCCCCGGUAGCCAAGAAAAAGGGCAAUGCAGCCAACUCUAAGAGAUCGACGCCGUUCGAGUCAGAGAGUAAUCCUGAGGGAAGCCCUGCACUGAAAAAACAGCGAAAAACAGCCACUACACCGGCUCCUUCCAAGUCUAAACGACGUAUCAAACAGCGAAAUCCAACUGAAAAGCAUUUGAUAGAUUUUGACAAACAAUGUGGGGUAGAACUUUCCGAAGGUGGGUUUUGCGGUCGCUCUCUAACAUGUAAAUCGCAUUCCGUAGGGACCAAAAGGGCUGUUGAGGGCAGAUCACAGCCUUUUGAUGUUCUCUUGAGUAAUUACCAAAAGAAAAAUCAAUUGAAGACGGGCACUAGCUCCAAGCCAAAGUCCAAGUCAAAUCAACAGGCCCAGAAUACUCAGCAGAAUUUGAGUCAGUCCACUGUUGAGGAAUCGUCCUCCGAGCUGACCCCCGAAGAAGAGACAACUCAAGUUUUGAACGGGGUCUCCAGGUCAUUCCCUCUCCCAUUGGAAACGAACGUUAUUUGCUCAUCAAGGAAUAGAACGAAAUAUUUUAGAAUGCGGGAAAUGUUUGCUUCCUCCUUCUCAGUACGCCCUGGCUUCACCUCCCCCGGCUAUGGCGCUAUCCACUCAAGAGUCGGAUGCAUCGAUCUUGAUAGGACAAUGGAUUACACAUUUCGUAUUCGCACUCCACAAUUGGUGAACCAAAUGAAUCCGAACAAUCUGACUCCCCAGCAGAGACAAAAAUUGCAACAGCAGCGGAUGCUUCAGGCUCAAAUGAUAGCUCAACAACGACAACAGCAGCAGCAACCACCACAGACACAACAAACAACUCCACAACCACCUCAAUCGCAACAGCAAAUGCAUAACCAAUAUCAGCAACAGCUUUUACAACAACAGCAGCAGUUACCACAACAUCACAAUCAAACUAACCCUUUACCUAGUUUUUUACAACAACAACAACAACAACAACAACAACAACAACAACAGCAACAACAACAACAGCUCCAUAACGGCCUGGCAGCGCAAAAAGACUACUCUUCGUCACCACGAGGAGAAGUAGAAACGGGAUUAACCCCGCAAGGAAUUCAGAAGCAGCAACAGAGACUACGGCAACAGCAAGUCCAGCAACAGAGAUUCGAAGCAGCAGCUUAUCACUUGGCGACGGCCACUAAAUUGAUGCAGAAUGGGCCAAAAAAUGCGUCUAUGAACCAGAAAAUUGGCCCGGUAUCAGCGGUUGGAUCCCCGGUCAACAUGGUGACCGAAAGUCGAAGUGACAGCAACCCAAUGAACUUGUCACCAGGCAGCCAACAAUGA